AUGCUUCGCAUCGCCAUAAUCGGAGGCGGCAUAGGAGGCCUCUUCGCCGCUCUAUCCAUCCACCACCACUGCAGCGCCAAGGAAAUCCAAAUCGACAUCUACGAACAAGCGCCCGAAUACGAAGAGAUAGGUGCCGGUGUUGGCAUCGGGCCAAAUGCAGCGACGCUGAUCAAGAGACUGGGACUAUUGGACGAAGUGUUGAAGAUCUCCGGCGAUCGUGCAAAGACAUGGCUUUCGUUUCGCCGAUAUGAUACCGGUGCUGAAAUUCAUACGGUCAAGAUCCCGGACGAAGGAAGCAAUACGAUGCAAUUGUCGAUGCACCGAGCGGAGUUCUUGGAGAUUCUCGUGAGGGCUGUGAGAGCGCGGGGCGCUGCUACUUUACACACGCAUAAGCGGUGCGUGGAGGUUGAGGACCAAGGCGACGAAGUAUCGAUCAAAUUUGCAGACGGGACGACGACAUCGGGACAUCUGGUUAUCGGCGCAGAUGGAAUUCACUCGGUUAUUCGUGCCCAAUACGUGCAAGACGCGCCCCGGUACGGCGAUAUGGUGAUCUACCGCGGCCUCUGCGACCUGGACAAGAUCCGCGAUGAAUGGACCCUCCCCACCUUCGCAACUGUAUUCAUGGCGCCGAACAAGCACUUCCUCACCUUCACGAUGAGCAACAACACGAUCCUCAACGUCUUCGCCUUCGUCUCUACGCCGUGGGAAGAAAUCAGCGAAGGAAACGCAAAAGCAACAGCAAAAGCAAAAGAAGGCUGGACGACAUCCGGUGCCGAGAACGUAAUGCAAGAGGAAUUCAAGGACUUUGCACCCAUUGUGCAGAGCGUCAUUCGCAACUUGACUGCUCAGCCAUUAAAGUGGGUACUUUUCGACCGGCAGCCCACGCCGGAAUGGAUUUUUGCCGGUGGCAAAGUUGCCUUGUUGGGCGAUGCGGCUCACGCGAUGUGCCCGCACCAAGGGGCCGGAGCAGGUCAAGGAAUCGAAGAUGGGUAUAUUCUUGGACGGGUGCUGGAGGAGUAUUUAGGGGCUUUGGGAACAUCGCAGUCGAGGAGUCUGCGGGAUUGUUUGGGACUGUAUCAUUCGAUUCGCUUUCCAAGGUCAAAAAAGGUACAGGUUACCUCUCGACAGGCGGGGGAUCUGUAUGAAAUGAAGAUCGAUGAGCUGGUCGGUCUGAGCUACGAAGAUUGUUUACCUGUUGUGAAGGCCAAGUUUGAAAAUCGGAUGGAGUGGCUUUGGCGUGAUGAUAUUGAUGAGAUGUACGAAAAGGCUCGAGCUGAGUGGCAAGCUCGUUCUAGUUAG